UCUGAGAUAGGAUCGCGAUCAGCUGAACCCGGAGAAAUGAGGCAAGGCUAACCCGAUUCGGCAGGUGCUCGCGAAAGUCAAGGUCGUUUCGCGCGCGCUAUAUACGUCCACCACCCUCGCUGGCCGUCCUUCAUUCAUGCCGCCGUCCCCUCUCGCCUCAUAAUCCCCGUCCCUGGCUCGUCUUCACGAUCAUGGGUGGUCUGCCUCGCACUCGCUCCCUCCGGGACGUUGUCCUCAUCCUCCUCGGUGCUACCUCAAUGCAUCUCGCAUCAGUCUUCAUGGGCUUCAACGAACCCACAGGAUCUAUCAUCGUCAAGACUGAGGUCAGCUCACACUUUGUCGAGGAUAUCAACAACACAGUCGUCGCACCCCCCGCUGAAGACCGCGAGACCUCGAGGGAACGCGAUGUACAGAAGGUACUCGACCCCGGCAAGGACACGGUCGACGUGUCUUUCCAGCUGCCAGAGACAACUAUCCUCUCACACGCCCCUGGGUGGACCGUCUUCCAGAAUAUCUACAUGGCGAACGGGACACUGUACAUCGUUUCGUCCGAGCCCGCCUCUUCUUUCCCUCACACCCGCAUGAUGACCUCCACCGGCCUUGCCGCCGAGAACACGCCCGAAAACAUCGCAGCGCGCGAGCCGACAGCACGCGACAUGGACUUCCUCACGCCCGCUGAGGCACGGCGACGCUGGGGCGGCAACUCCGACAAAGCGGAUCGGAAUCGCGUUUGGUCCGUCGGUGGGAACACUGUUCUCGUCAAUGAACCCCCGCAAUUCCUCGAUCACUAUUACCACUUCUGCGCCGAACUGAUGCUGGGCGUCUGGCCGUUCUGGCUCGGCACGUACAACAUACAAGUAGACGCUUCUGCUCCCAGCGUAGAGGCAGCCCCGCACAUUGACCGUAUGAUCUUCUCGCACGCUGAGGCAACCGGCUGGCGAGAUAGGCCUGGCUUCAACUCGUACUUCCUGCGCGCCGCCUUCCCCUCCAUCACAGUCGAAGUCGAGACUGACUGGAAGGACCGCAUCGCCGCGACAGCGACGCACGGCAUCCCGGAGCGGGCAUGGCACUUCGACACGCUCAUGCUGACCGACCGCUCUGCCGCCUUCCGGGGCGAGUCGUGUGGCAGUCGGAAUCAGCGCAUUGCGAGCGAGGCUGUCGAGCACAUGGAGAAGCGGGGCACGCUCUCGAAGUGGUGGUGGGAGCCGCUGAGGCAGGCGGUCCUGCGCUUCGCGGGAGUGGACCAGGAGACGCUCGAGAUCGGUGUGAAGGCGGACGCGGUCGCGGCGCGGAAGGAUGGGGCCGAGGUCGAUUGGGCUGGCUCGACGUCCCUGAGCAAGCCGCAGCCGAUCGUGAUUACCUACAUCAACCGGCAGGGUGCCCGGAGGCACCUCAUCGACGAGGACCACCAAGCGUUGGUGCAGGCCUUGACGGCGAUGUGUGCGGCACACAGUUGGGAGCUUAACAUCGUCCAGGCGGAGCAUCUCACUCAUGACGAGCAGCUGAAGCUGGUUGCGCGCACCACGGUUCUGCUCGGUGUGCACGGCAAUGGGCUUACACAUCUUAUCAUGAUGCCCGUUACUCCCAUCUCGACCGUCAUCGAGAUCUUCUAUCCCGAAGGCUACGCGAACGACUACAAAUGGACGGCACACGCUCUAGGCAUGAAGCACUUCGCCAUUUGGAAUGACACCUAUCAUACAUACCCCGAUCAACUAUGGCCGAACUAUCCUGAGGGCUUCCAGGGCACCCAGAUCCCAGUCUACGCACCCCUCAUCGCGCGAAUCAUCCAGGACCGCGUCGCCGGAAGGCUACCAUGACACCGAUGGAUGACCUUGCAGAGGGACUUCCUCGCUGGCCACGACAUCGGGCAUCUCAUCACCUAUCAUCAUCGAAUCUUGUACGUACAUUACUAGUCCCUGGAUCGUCGCAACCACGUUCGUUUUGUGUUCCGUUUUGUAUCGAGGAUCGGACUCUGUGCGUGUGACUGCUGCUGUUUUUCUCGUGAUUGUUUGUUGUUGGGAACAAUGGCCUCGGUCCUAGUGCGUCCUACUAAGGCUAACUUAUCGUAUGAGAGGAGUUCGAGGCUACGUCUUCGUCGUGUAAUCCUGGGCUUCGCGUGUAGUGUGUAGGAUAAUGAUCACUUCUUGCCGCACUC